CACACUAAAACGACCAGUUCCACUUGAACAUUUUCUAUAUGCAAAAAAACAAAUUUAUAAAAUAGUUAAUGCUGAUCGAAGAUUUCUUAAAGAAGGAUAUAAAUUAGCAAAUGAAGCAUUAACCAAAAAAGAUAAAGAGGUAAAAACAAAAGUAAGCACUCGUGGAGGUCAUGGAUCAUCAUCUCGCGGUGGAAAAGGAAAAACUGAUAAAGAGUUACCACAAAUUUUAAGAAUGAGAGAUUUAUUAAGUAGAGGAAUUGCUGUGCAUCAUGGUGGUUUAUUGCCAGUUAUCAAAGAGAUGGUAGAAAUUUUAUUUUCAAAAGGACUUGUCAAGGUUUUAUUUGCGACAGAAACUUUUGCUAUGGGUGUAAACAUGCCAACAAAGACCGUUGUAUUCUCUGGAAUAAGAAAACAUGAUGGAAAAGAAUUUAGACAAUUGAUUCCUGGUGAAUAUAUUCAAAUGUCCGGCCGUGCUGGCCGUCGUUCAUUCGACAAAACAGGUACUGUGAUUAUAGUACCGUCAGGAAAUGAAUUUCCUAGUGAAUCUCAACUUAAUGCAAUGAUUUUAGGAACACCAACUAAAUUAAAAUCCCAAUUUCGUCUUACAUACAACAUGAUUCUCAAUUUAUUAAGAGUUGAAUCAUUUGAAGUUGAAGAUAUGAUUAAACGUAGUUUUUCGGAAAAUACGAGUCAAAAAACAUUACCAGAUAAAGAGCGAGAAUUUGCAGAAAGAGAAAAGAUUCUCAAGGCCACAAAAACACUCGAAUGUACAAUAUGCAAUCAUGAUAUAAAAGAAUUUUAUAAUAUUUCAGCCAAUAUUCUUGAUUUGAAUCGAAAAAUCAUUACAAAACUGGCAGAUACAAAAGCAUUAAGUCAAGGGAGAAUCAUUGUUGUUAAUAAUAUUGCUUAUGGAAAUGUAUUUGCUGUUAUAUUAAACCCUUCCUUUGAAGUUUUAAUGCUUUUGGAUAAAUCCAGUAAAGCUCAACAAUUACUUCGUCACGCGUUAGAUAUGAAAAAAACCGGUAUACUGGAGAAUGAUUGGUCAAAAAUCAGGACGUUUGAAUUUCAAUUGAACUUAAAAGAGAAAGUUCGGCUCAUGAAUAAAAUAUAUUCAUUUCAAUGUAUAAAAUGCCCGGAAUUAAAUGAACAUUAUGGUCUUAUACAUGAAAUAAUGUCAUUAGGAAAGAAACUCGAUGAAUUGCUUCAUACAAUAACUGGUGAAAAUUUGGAAUUAAUGCCAGAGUAUGAACAAAGAAUAGAAGUUCUUAAAUCUUUAAAAUAUAUUGAUGAAAAAACUUCAGUGGUUCAAUUGAGAGGUCAAAUUGCUUGUAAGAUUAAUACUGCUGAUGAAUUGUUAGUCACUGAAUUGAUUUUUGGAAAUGUUUUGAAAGAAUCUGAAUAUGACCCAGCUGAAAUUGUUGCAUUAUUAUCAUGUUUGGUAUUUCAAGAAAAAAAUGCUAGUGAACCGACUUUAACUCCAAACUUAGAAAAAGGUGUUGCAGAAAUAAAAAAAGUUGCGAAGUAUGUUGGAGAGGUUCAAAGAAACAAAGAAGUUGAUAUUCAAGUAGGUGAUUAUGUUGAAACAAUUAAGUUUGGAUUAGUUGAAGUAGUAUAUGAAUGGGCAAGAGGAAUGCCAUUUAAAGAUAUAAUGGGAUUGACAGAUGUGAUGGAGGGUUCAAUUGUUCGAUGCAUUACGAGAUUAGAUGAAACCUGUAGUGAAAUAAAAAGUGCUGCACAGUUAAUGGGAAAUAUAGAAUUAUGUACUAAAAUGGAUAAAGCUCGAAGUUUGAUAAAACAUAAAGGGGCAACGUAUAUUCAAAGAAUUGAUGUAGAUGGAUGCCAUAUUGAAAUUUUUCAAGACAAUGAAUUAAAAAAAGAGUAUUUAGGAACAAGUCAAAAAUUAAAAAAAUUUCAAGGAACUCAACUUUUUGGACUGGAACAUUUAUUAACAAAGAAAAUUUUGGCAGAGUUCAAAAUCCCAAAAUCAGAACUUUACCCAUCAGGAUAUACUUUCAAAGAACAUGAACUUAGAGCAUGGAGAGCAAUGCUUAAAGCAGCUGAAAAAAUUAAUAGAAAAGAUAUCCAGAAUGAAUUGAUAACUCAACUUGAAAAAACACAACGUCAUUUGAAUCGAGAAUAUGGAAAUGAAUUGAUUAUAGAUGACCUUGGUAAUGUGCAGCAUGAUAAUUGUAUUGAACAUUGUUUAAACUUUGCAUUUGAUUCUACAAUUUACUCCAAAUGA